CGCUACUACAAUAUCCCUAAAUCUACACUUCGGACCCGCCUACAAUCUCGCGGAUCAGCUCCCUAUCCCUCUACUGUUACAAACUUUGUGAAAAGAUACCCUUCUCUAUCCUCUAAAUUCUCGAGACGCUAUAAUUACGAACGUACGAAAUACGAAGACCUAAAGUUUAGAAUCGACCCUAACGAUAUUUAUAACUUCGAUAAGACUAGUUUUACUAUAGGCUUAACUAUAAUAGCAAAGGUUAGGAUAAAUUAUAUCGAUAAACUUAACUUCCUUAAAGCGUAUCUAUCCGCUCGAAUUAAGGCUUUUAAAUUAGAGACUAUUAAAAAUAGCUUUAUAGUAGCUGGUUUAUCUAACACUUUACUUAAGAAAGAAUUAAUUACUAAGCUAGUGGAAGUAGAUAAAGUACCCCCCUCCCCUCCACAAAGAAGCCCUUCGCUAGUUAGUGAUCACUUUUAUAACCUAGAAAUCGUAAAUAGGUAA